AUGUUUUCUCGGAAUGUCCCAACUCCCCGGGUGGGCCAGUUGGAUGCCUCAUUGUUAGAUGCAGAACUUUAUGACAUUCUCAAGACACAACUGCUUUCCAUAUUUAAAACCUUUAAGCCAGGAUUUAAAGACCGAUAUGAACCAGAGAUGCUACUUAUACUUAAGCUGCUAAUUUUUAAAUUGACUGUAUGGGAUAACUCAGCGACAUAUGGUGCAAAGCUCCAGAAUCUCAUGUUUGUCGAUGGGCGCAAGUGUACUUCAAUAAAAAAACCUCUGUCACAAUCACAACGGCUAGGCUAUGCAAUACUUGUUGUAGGUGGAGAUUAUAUCUGGAACAAGAUUGAAAGCAAAAUUGCAGCACUUUCAUAUGAAUCACAUGAAUAUAACGACGACGAAGAUGAAGAUGAAAGACCUCAGCGGCGGUUAUUUGGCCGCCAUUUUACAGUAGCACGAUUAGAACGUCUUUCAAAUACAUUGAGCACUUUGUGGUCUGUGUCAAGUCUUGUUAACUUUGUUUUAUUUCUCUAUUCCGGUCGCUACUCUACACUGAUUUUACGGCUGCUAAGGAUCCGCUUGGUAAGCUCAUCGCCGCGUGCUCUUACACGUCAGGUCUCUUUUGAGUUCCAAAACCGCCAGCUGGUAUGGAAUGCGCUUACAGAGUUUUUACUUUUUACCCUACCUCUUAUCAAUCUUGGGCGCCUGCGCCGCCGGUUCGGAAAGGCAGUGGCGUAUGUUGUUGGUGGGAGCAGUAGUGGCAGCAAUGAUGGAUCUUCGUCAAACCAAAAGGGCGAAUUAUACUUUUUGCCAGAAAAGACGUGUGCAAUUUGCUACAAGGAUGCUGAACGUGCAAUUACAGCUACGGCAAUGUCUUCUGCAGGUGGUGGUGAUUCCGGUGGUGAUGGAAGCGGUGUGAACACAGACAUUACAAACCCAUACGAAUGUGUAGAGUGCGGACAUGUGUUCUGUUAUGUGUGUCUUGCAUCGCGGUUAGUGGAGGCUGAAGGGGAUGGAUGGACGUGUUUACGAUGUGGCGAGCUUGUACAACGGAUGCGGGUUUUUGGAGACGUUGAUGUGAGUGCAAUUAAAGUAAAUCCUGCAGUUUUGAAAGAAGAAGAAGUUGUGGUGGAAGCAGAGAAAGUCGAACAAGAUGAAGAGGAUGAAGAAGAUGAAGAAGAUGAAGGUUUUAAAGACAACCAAAAUGUAGACGAUUCUGAAGGCGAUGAAGAAGAUGAAGAAGAAGACAAUCAAGAAGACGAUGGUGAAGAUGAAGAUGAAGAUGAAGAAGACGAAGAAGAUGAAGAUGAAGAUGAAUUCUCUCAAGAAGAUGAUUCACAGUAUGAAUCUGACUUUUCAGAGACCGAAUCUUUAUCUGAAUAA